ACAUGUUCUGUAGUUAAGUGCUGUAUAUAUAUAGAUGCAGCACUAAACUACAGACAUUGUCAUUUUAGGUGCUUGGUACGUUUAUCUAUUAUGCCGAGUUGAACAAUCACUUAAACCGUCUUUGUAAUAGUCAGCGGUGGCCAAAAUCGAAACUGUUCGGUGCGCUUUGACUUCGGCGCGCAAACACGCGUCAUCGCGUCUGCGUUGCGUCAUCAUCGCGUUUGCGUUGACGUCGCACUGUUUGGUUUGUUUCCCAAGAUGGCGAUGCACCUGUCUCCUCCGUGGUAAUCCUGCUUUCUCUGCGAUUGAAGUCAACAACCGCGGGGCAUCCGUGGCAACAAAUGACAGUAUAUCGUUAGUAGCGACGGAAGAAUAAAAAUCGCUUUUUGCCAAAAUGUCGACCGAGGAAUUGUCAACAUCGGACAGCGAAGGCGCGUCGGCCGGAGCCGGGGAGCGAUGGGCACCGGUCGGUGCUGUGGCCAGCCCCGAGGAGGAGAGUGGGGUCCGGGGCAGCGCUCAGCCCAGAACCCGGGGCUCAUCCUCCGCCUCCGUGGAGGAGACCACCGCCAGGUUAAAGAAACUAGAAGCGGAGCAAGAUCUCCUGAACUCCUCUCUCCUCGCUCUCACUUCCCACUUUGCACAGGUGCAAUUCAGACUGAAGCAAAUAGUUCACGCUCAGACCGACGAGAAGGAGAAGAUGUUGGUCGAGCUUGAGGAGUUCGCCUUCAAAGGGUGCCCCCAUGUCGUGGGGUGCAGGUCGCAGGAUGCGAAGCAUCUGGAGAACUCGGAGGACUUGAGCGAGAGGGAGAAGCGGGAACGCCUGGAGGCCCAGAGAGAGAAGCAGAAGGAUCUGAUCGUCCAGCUCAAGACCCAGCUAGACGAUCUGGAGCAGUUUGCUUAUCAGGAGGGCAGCUACGACUCACUGCCCCAGUCGGUGGUCAUGGAGAAACAAAAGGUGAUCAUCGACGAGCUGAUCAAGAAGCUGGACGUGAACCUGAACGAGGACGUGGGCAGCCUGACGGCCGAGGAGCUCCGGCAGCGGGUCGACGCGGCCAUCGCUCAGAUCGUCAACCCGGCCCGCGUCAAGGAGCAGCUGGUGGACCAGCUCAAGACCCAGAUCAGGGACCUGGAGAUGUUCAUCAACUUCAUCCAGGACGAGGUGGGGAACCCGCUCCUGUCCGACGGCGUCCAGAGCCAGCAGCCGCACGCCGCCGGCCCCGGGGCGACAGGAGCGAGGAAGAAAGUGGACCCCGCUCAGGCCCAGAGGAUGCGGGAGACGGGCCUGCAGCUGAUCCAGAAGGCCCUGGCCGUGCUGCAGAUCUUUGCCGUCAGCCAGUUCGGCUGCGCGCCGGGCCACGUCGCCCAGAACCUGUGGUCCUCCGGCGGGGCGGGCCAGGAAUACGGGCCCCUGCUGCAGCAGCUGGAGGCCGCCGUGGACAAGGUGCGGCUGCAGGCGUCCCGCAAGCAGCCGUCCUUCGAGCACGUGGUGAACUACGGCAGCCACCCGGCGCCGGGGCCCAGGGACGAGCUGACGUCGUCGGUAAGGAAGGAGCUGUCGUCGGCCCUCAGGGACCUGCUGGCCCACGGCCUCUACGCGCCGUCGCAGGGCAUGAGCCUGGUGCUGGCCCCCAUCUCCUGCCUGCUGCCGCACCGGCCGGGGCCCCAGACCAUGCACCCCUGGGAGCUCUUCGUCGAGUACUACCGCUCCAAGGACGGCAAGGCCUUCGUGGAGUCGCCGGCGCGCCAGCUGUCGCAGUCCUUCAGCCUGCCGGUAGGGGGCGGCCCGGUGACGGUCACGCCCAAGCAGUCGCUGCUGUGGGCCGUCCACACGGUGCUGAAGGAACACGGGCGCUACAAGCGCGGCGCCGACUCAGAGUUCAAGGCGCUGGUGUGCAUGGCGCUGAACGAGCAGCGGCUGGUGUCCUGGCUCAACCUGCUGUGCAAGUCGGGCGCGCUGGUGCACCCGCACUACCAGAGCUGGAGCUACAUGGCGCAGACGGGCUUCGAGGGGGCGCUGCGCAUCCUGGGCCGCAUCAGCCACCUCAAGUUCGACCUCCCCGUGGACCUGGCCGUGCGGCAGCUCAAGAACAUCAAGGACGCGUUCUGAGAUCGCCACGGCGACGGAGGAGGAGGAGGAGGAGGCGAAGGCCGCAUGUCCGCGCCAUUCAGACUCGUAGUUGUAUCGUGUUUCGGCUGGACCCCGCCAAAGUAGAGCCUUCCGUCCUGUAGCCUGUACUGCACACCCCCCCGACCUCCAGGCCGGGUCUGUGCAACCCCCCCCCCCCCCGCACCUUGGGUGUUUGGCUCUUGGCAGCUCCGUCUCUGUUCGGACGCAGCCUGUUUUAACCAGCCUGUGCCGGUCUGUAACGUAUGCCUGCAUGGGUUAGUCUAACCGGCGUCUGUGCUCCUGAGUCCUCUUCACAGCUGAUCCAUCAAUGCCUGCUUCCCCCCAUGACGACGACGGCGACGUCAUGGUGUCCAGUCGAUAUCGCUGCUACGCACAUGCCUUAGACAGGACGCCCAGAUAACCUCGUCCUGAGUGAUGCCUUUGUGACCUUUUGUGACCCGUGCUUAUCAUUCCAAUGCCCGUUGGUGCAUGAUUCUAACCCCUGACCUAUGCAACAGAUAUUGUGGUGAAGGUUCGUCAGUGGUAGUACUUGUUGUGAUAGGCGUUAGUGGGAUCGGUGAGCUACAUUCCAUAUACCGACUGGGUGGUUGAAUUACUAUAGCACUAAACAGCACUACUAGAGAACACUACAAGAGAGUUGGAUGGAAGCUUGGGGGAAAUUGAUGUUGCACAUUUGUUCGCAAUAUUGCAUUAUGAAGGAAUUAUUUGCAUGAUUUGACAGCAUUCUGACCUUUACCGAAAAUGGUGCCAGGGAGCCAGCUGCUUCCCCCACACGUGUGUGUGUGUGUGUGUGUGUGUGUGUGUGUGUGUGUGUGUGUGUGUGUGUGUGUGUGUGUGUGUGUGUGUGUGUGUGUGUGUGUGUGUGUGUGUGUGUGUGUGUGUGUGUGUCUUUUAGAUAUUUAAAUGAUGCUUCAUCAUGAAUUGAAAACCGUAUGAUGAAAAUGGAAAACCGUAUCUAAGAAAACAUAAACAUAUUUAUAAUCAGCAUACAUAUCUAAUGUUUAAAAAAAGAAUUUAUAUAUUGUGAGUUCAACUCUUGAUUUAGUUUUCCUCUACCUGCAGGAGAUGUAAGCUACUGAAUGUAUAAACCAGAGGUGCUGAUAUCCUGACGUUUGUUGAGGAUUUCAUUCAUGGAGGAUUUCAUUCAUGGGGUUGUUGUACUACAGUGUUAACUGGCAACUGAAGGAUGCUUGGCUGUUUCUCAGCCCUACGUGUCAAGGUCUCAUUAAUCAAAACGUUUUUUUGUGGUCUCAGUGUUUUAAAAAUGCCUGUAUUAUCAUGUCAGACAAUUUUAAACGCUAGGAAAGAUUUACCCAUUAACAUAAUUUUACAUUACAUUUUAUGCAUUCCAGGACAGACUAUAAUAGACCUCAUUGAUAAUUUAAAGUUUGUGAAAGCAAACUAUGUUACUCUACAUUUAUAAACGAAUUAAUCAGGAGGCAAUGAACUAACCAUCUUAUUAUCAAAACGGUGUGUAUGGAAGGAUAAUCCACCUAGAGAAGUGUUAUGUGUACGGUUUGCUUUGUGUGAUUCUAUUUGAAAAAGUUACAAAGUCACACUAUUGGUGUUGCAUUUUUACGUUUAAUGUUUUUAAAUAUGAGCUCACAUUUAAUUUAAUGGUUAUUGCAUUGCAAAUGCCGCAAAGUCUAAAUUCUGGAGCUGGAUGCUGUUAUUAUUUCUUUAACGAUAGACAACACUGUCUUAAAGUAGCUACUCAGUGUUCGGUUAUGAAUAAAGGACUUCAGGGUUUCCAUGACGACAUUGGUAAUUCUUAUUUUAUUAAAAAAUAUAUAUAUAUAUAUAUUGGGAAUUUAUGGAGAUAUAUUUUAUUCAUGUCUAUUUAUAAGUAAAAGUGCUCUGCAAGCUGUUUGUGUUAAACUCCUUCCAUGUAAAUGCUUAUUGAACUAUAAUUUUAGGAUCUGCAACUCUUAAUGAUUGUGCAAUUUGUUCAUUAUUAAAUCCCUUCAAAAACGAAAA